AGAAGCUGCAUCCAUUCUCUCCACCGCUCAGAGGAGCGCAUCUUGCGUGCUGCAGCCCUCCGUCGCUAUUACGACAGAGGGGUAGCCCGACUCCUCUCUGCUCCUCUCCAUUCUGAGGUAUAUGUCAUGCCACCGGAUUUUCUCCAUUUAUCAGCUGUUUGCAUCCAUGUGACAAGCGCACCGGGGCUAUUUUAAGGGUAGGAGAUCCCUCUUGGUGGCGACAUUGCAGUAGAUGGAGAGAGGCCUCCAUCAGCUCUAUUAACUUUGGUCAGUCACAUCAAGAUUGAGCCAUUCAGUGCCAUGGACAUUUAGGAGCAGUAAUGGCAACUUACAGUACCUCUCCCUCUGACUGGAUAGACUUGUAGCAUGCGUUCCCUACGAAAGACUGUGCUGUUAGCUCUGGUAGCAUCAGUGGUGCUGGUUGUGGCGGUCCUACAUUCCUGGCCCACUCGGGUCUACAGCACGGUGGAUGUUCGGUACAGACCUGGCCCUGGAGCUGAACGGCUGCUGGAGGAAAGACUUCCUGAUCCAGAUCCCAGCGCUAGCACCAUCCCGUACCGUGUAAGAGAGAGUGUGACAAGGCUGCUGGCUCGCAAUGGAUGUGUAUGUGAAGGAGAGGGCAAAGGGGUCAACUUGCCCUUUGCACAACUGCUGUUCCCAAGAGUGUCUGCCCAUCCCCUGCACACUGCCUUCCAGCCCUCCCAGCUCCACGAGAUGAAGAGAAGGCGCGCUAAAGAGUACCAGAGCUUCCAAAUGAGGUCGCAGACUCCAGCUGAUCUGCUGAUUGUAGCUGAAGCUAACAGCCCUCUGCAGUACCCAACACAGGGUGUGGAGGUUCGGCCACUUAAAACUAUCCUUAUACCAGGUUUGGCCUUAAAAGAUCUGCCCAGAGAUAUUUAUAGUCUAAACUUUUCAGCAUCUCUAGGCACAUUUAAUCUAGCAGCAGAGGUGGAGGGGGUAAAGAUCAGAGGUGAAGGCGAGAUGCACAUGACCCUGAGCAGCAGCCUUUUACCCAGUCUGAACCGGCAGCUUCAGUUUAUCACAUACACAAACACUCUGUUCCACCCCAGCACCGCUGACACAGUGCAGUUAGAAACAGACGGACAUCAAGUGCUUUUCACCAUAAAGAUACGGCACGGAGUGACACCCAAGCUCUACAAUACAGGCUCUGAUGCAGAUAAAGAGUACAACAUCAGCGCGCUUGUGACCAUAGCAACUAAAACUUUCCUGCGCUAUGACAAGCUCCAGGAUUUAAUUGAUAGCAUUCGACGGUACUACCCUACGGUUACAAUAGUCAUAGCGGAUGACAGCGAACACCCAAAAACUGUGUCGGGCCCAUUUAUUGAACAUUACAUCAUGCCGUUUGGAAAGGGUUGGUUUGCUGGUCGAAACCUGGCCGUGUCACAGGUCACCACCAAGUAUGUACUGUGGGUGGAUGAUGACUUUAUCUUCACUGCCAAUACAAAGCUGGAGAAGCUGGUGGACGUGCUGGAAAAAACCACACUUGAUCUGGUCGGAGGUGCAGUACGUGAAGCUACAGGCUACACUGCCACCUACAGGCAGACGAUAUCAAUUGAAGCUGGAGAGGAAGACGGGGACUGUCUGCACAUGAGACGUGGCUUUCAUCACAUCAUCCAGGGCUUUCCUCAUUGCGUGGUCACUGAUGGAGUCAUCAAUUUCUUUCUUGCCAGGACAGACAAGGUGCAGCAGGUUGGCUUUGACCCCCGGCUUGCCCGUGUUGCACAUCUAGAGUUUUUCAUAGACGGCCUGGGCUCACUGCAUGUUGGGUCAUGCGAUGAUGUCAUUGUGAACCACGCCACCAAGAUCAAACUCCCAUGGGGCCAGUCGGAAAGCGACAAAACGUACGCAAAGUUCCGUUAUCCGCCUGCUUCAUCUGACGCGACACACACCAAAAAUGGCCUCUUAUAUUUCAAGAACCGCUUCCAGUGUUUAACACACAACUGAAGACACCUUUUUCUUUCCUUUUAUUCUCCUUCAAACAAACUCUCUCUAUGUGAGUAGCUAAAGGGGCCUGUGAAGAUAUCAGAGGUGUUGUGUGUCCUGUACGUACUGUAUAUGAUCCCAUGCAAGUAUGGAAGAUUUCAAAUAGACCUCUUCUCUUGGAAGGAAUCAUCACGUGAUCAAACAUGACUGACUUGAUGCACAGACAGUGAUUGGCUGAUGAAUAUUUUUUUGAUAACUGAAGAAGUGAUGUCGUAUUUUUGAGUCGUCUUUCUUUAGCUUUAUUUUUGUUCAGAAGAAUCCUUUAAAUACAAAUCCAACCAUUCCAUAAAUUAUUCAUAUCAGUUUUCUCCUCAGCCAAUCAUCACGCUUAACUGAUGGACAUAAGGAUACAAUUUUUCUUUUGAUACAGAAAAACAUAGACUGUGGAGGUAUAGUAGAUUUUUUACACCCGUCCCAUUGGACAUUGGGAUAGAAAAUCACUUCAGCCCUGCCUGGCAUUACAGGUGUGCGUGUGUGUCUGUGUGUGUUUUAUUGAGGGUCAUCUCUCUGUACGUUUGCACUAAUACAAAUGGACUUCAUAUUGGAGAGACCAGACCCUUAGCAUCACUACAAGAAGGAAUAGAAUAAAUAUCAUUAGCAAGCCUAAACCACAAGACAGUCCAACACAUCUCUCACCGUCCCUUUCUCACAUACUCAGUCCAAAAAGAUUUCUCAGAAAAAGAUGAAAGAUUUAUUUAUUGUAUUGUUUAUUUAAAGUGUGACUGUGCCAAAGGCUUAAUCACUGUCCUGGUAUGACUUUUUUAAUGUUCAAAUGUUUUUGUUUCCUCAUUGGAUCCCUUUUAAACUGCAACCCCUACCAUCCCACAGUACUAGCAUGCAGCCAGAUUUAAUAGCUGUAGAGUUGUCUUCUUAGGGGUUCAACAAUGAUAAGGCUAAAUGCACAUCUAAUACAUCUAAACUAUUUUUGCAAAGCCACUUAAUAACUAUAACUACACUCAAGUACAAAAGCUGUCACUGUAAUAAAGUCCUUAAAUGUACUUUUUUGGUAUACAGUACAAAUAUGUACCUUUGAGGUGCUAAUAUGCACUCUUUAAGGGAAUAGUCCAUUUUCUUAAAAGAAAAAUCCAGA